UAGAUUGCCAAUGAGACAUCGACAUGAAUUCAUACCAAGAAAAAGGCGUUAAUACUUAAGUCUCAAAGUCUUUUUUCUAAAUUAUUAGAGUUACUAAUCUCUACUAGAGAGGCUUAUUAUAUUCCCAUUUUUGUCUUGACUAGCUGCUAAACUACACCUACAUACUCUGAAAACCUUGUAUAUAUCUUCAGUAUAGCUAGGGUUUUUGUCUCCAUUUCCCCACAUUCAGCCCAUCCUCUAUUUAAACCUUAUUCAUUUAUCCUUGUUCCACAUCUUAUCUCAAAAAUCAACAAUAUAUGUUCUUAUCAUCAUGAGUGAUGAACUUGAGCCUUUGUCCUUGAUUCAAUUCCAAAAACUGGCUCAAUCCCAACAUCAACAGCAACCCUCACCGUUGAACCCUAGCUCAACCGCCGGAUAUUGGAUGUGGAACCCUAAAGAUGACGACGAUUCGUGGGAAAUCAGAGCAUUUGAGGAAGAUACUAGCAAUUCCAUGGGUGCAACUUGGCCCCCAAGGUCCUAUACUUGUACCUUUUGUCGAAGAGAGUUCCGUUCCGCCCAAGCCCUAGGUGGUCAUAUGAAUGUGCACCGCCGUGACCGUGCCAAGCUCAACCAAACACCACUUGCUUCAAAUAGCUCUACCACUUUCCCAAAUGCUAAUUCUACCCUCCUAAUUCAAUCUCAAGAAUUCAUCACAAAUGGUGGACUUUGCCUUCUUUACUCCUUACCUAAUAACCCUAAUACUAUCUUCAACCCCUCAACAGUUAAAUCUAGUGUGGAUCCCUCUACUCUUCUCACCAUCCCACCCUCUUUUAUGAAUAAUUUGAUGUCUUCUUGCACUCCUCCAUCUUUAAAUUUUCCAAUAAACCAGCCUCAAAAUAUCAACUCUUCAUCUAACACUAGUGAAACUUCAGCAUCUAAUGGUACUAGUAAUGAUAAUAAUCACAACGAUGGUAGCAGCAAGAGAGAUUCAGCUAUUGAAGAUGAGAUUGAUCUCGAGCUUAGGCUAGGAUGGAGAUCAUCAUCAUCAAAUUAAUUUCCUAGACUUUUUGUGAGAACUUAUUUUCUUUUCUGU